AUAACUUUCAGAUAGUAUAAAAAAAUUCUACUCGAGUAGUCAAACAACAACAUUCACAAUUUUGUUUUUAAAAGUUUUAAUUAAAAGAAAGGGAACUACAAAUUAACAGUAGUGUAUAUAUACUCCUAAUUUAGCUGUGGCUGGCUCGUUUAGCUUCCUCACGGCUUAGUACAUGCACACAUAGCAAAACACACACUGGUUUAUUUUUUAAAAUCCUCCGUCCUCAAUUCCGUUACCGUCACCGUCCAACUCCGUUUGUCGCAUCCUCACCGUUCAUCUCCUCCGAUCUAACUCCCCGUCGUUAACCGUAUGAUGAAAGCCGUUAAGGAUUCCUUUUCGCCGGGAUCUUUCCGUCCUUCGCCGUCGACGCUUUCUCGAGAAGAUUGCUGGAGCGAGGAAGCGACCUUCACGCUCAUCCAAGCCUGGGGCUGUCGCUACGUCGACCUUGGCCGCGGUAAUCUCCGUCAGAAACACUGGCAAGAGGUGGCUAACGCCGUUAACGACCGUCACUUCAACACCGGCCGCAACGUUUCCGCCGCCAAAUCGCAGCCGUACCGCACCGACGUCCAGUGUAAAAACCGGAUCGACACCUUGAAGAAGAAGUACAAAGUCGAGAAGGCUAGGGUUUCGGAAUCGAUUCCCGGUGCCGCCUACGUCAGCCCAUGGCCUUUCUUCUCCGCUCUCGAUGACCUUCUCCGGGAAAGCUUUCCGACGACUAGUACUCCUGAUUCGGCUGAUAACCAGAGGCUUUCACUUCCGCUGGCAAUUGUCUCAGUUCCGGUCGCUCCACGAUCGGCGAUCCCCAGGCGUCCGGCGCCGUCGCCGGCGAUUAUGCCUCUUGGAGGUGAAAAUUUGCUGGGAUUUCGCGGAAAUCUUAACGCAUUCGCGGCAGCCGCAGCAGCCGCGGCGUGUCCGGCGUACGAAGAUGACUCGGAUGGGUCAAGGUCCAGAUCGAGCGGCCGGAGCGGAGGUAACAGGAAGCGCGAAAGGGAAAUAGAACGGAAUCAAGGUUACAAGGAAGUCGCCGACGCAAUUGAGAGGCUUGGGCAGAUAUACGAGAGGGUGGAGGAGAGGAAGCGGAAGGAAAUGGUGGAGCUGGAGAAGCAGAGGAUGCGAUUCGCUAAGGAAUUGGAGUGCCAUAGGAUGCAGCUCUUCACUGAGAUGCAGGUCCGGCUUCACAAGCUCAGGCGUACCGCUGGGUCCAAAGGUCCGACUUCUUCCGCCUCCACCGUUCUCGAGUAUGGUGGGAUGAUGGAUUUCCCUAGUUACUUUGUGCUUGUCAUUUGCAGCAUCAAUGAGUUUGUGAUUGUAGCGACUGAUGAAGGAAGGAAGAAGUCAGCAUCUAAUCGACCAAUAGAGAGAUAUGGUACACAAAGAGAACGAACUGACCCAGAUGUAGCUUGGGAAACAUUGCCGGCUCUACUCAAGAAUUGUCCAAAACUUGAAACCCUAGUCUUUGAGGGACUCCAUCACAAGUUUACCAACUGUGCGGAAGAGGACGGGUGCUUGUGCAAACUUUGCGAGAACAUUCCUACUUGCCUAUCAUCAAGUCCACUGAAGGUUCUAGAGAUAUUCAAGUUUGGAGAAAUCUUGGGUGAUGGUUACUUUAAGGAGCUGAUAAAGCAGGUCCAACACUUCCUAGAGACAAUGCCGAAUCUUAAACAACUUGUAUUAUACUAUGAUGCAUCCUUUGACGAAGAUUUAAAUCAAGUGUCAGCCCAACUUCAGUGGCAUCCUAGAGUGGCUUCAUCUAAGAGCAAGAUUCAAAUAAUUUCGGAUAACCUCUGUUUGUCAACCACUGUGCCCUCUUCGGUAACGACUAAGUGGGGUCGUCGUCUUUCUGGUUUCUGA